AUGGUGAAAAAACUAAUGACCCAACUUAACGAGAGAGACACACGAUGUAGACUUUUGGAAAAAGAACUAGACUAUAUUCGAUCGUGGUACAUUGCAGGUUCCCAACCAAAGUACCCCCCGUUUCAGUCUCUACCUAUGGCCGUUUACGGGGGCCCUGCCCUCCGCGAUAUGUACUGUAAUCAAAGUGCUGUUAUUCAAGAAAUUCCAGUAUUCUCCCGCAAUGGGGAGAGCCCUUCUUUGACUAAUCGAAUUAAAUCGGAUGAACUGGAGCGAGACUCGGGUUCGGGAAAAAAAGACGAGAACGAUUCGAAAGAAGAGAGCGAAUAA